CGUUGGCCUAAUACUAUUUUCCAACAUCAUGGCAUACUGCAGAAGGGCGAAGCUUGCCGCUAAUACAUUGCGCCAGAGUUUCAGUCCAGGGCCUAUUUUCAGAUCUCCGAUUCGAGAUUCGUCUUCAAUAAUCUCCCAGAACCUCGGGUCUUCGAUUUCAUCGAACUUUUCUGGGUUAUUUUCAUAUUCUUCUUUCUCGCGAAGACUAGGAGUUUCUAAUAAUCAUUGUUACGAUCCCCUUCUUAACGGCGCAAAGAGAUUUUACUACGUCGAUCGAUACAGUGUUCAACAUUUCCGGCGACGGGGUCCGCAAUGGUGGAUCAAGAAUCCAAGGAAUGCGUUGAUUGUUGUCUUGAUCGGUUCAGGGUUUUUAAUUACUGUAUAUUUUGGCAAUUUAGAAACUGUUCCUUAUACAAAGCGAAAACAUUUAGUGCUCUUGUCUAAAGAAACGGAGAAAAAGAUGGGGGAGUCUCAAUUUGAGAAGCUGAAAGCGGCUUACAAGGGAAAGAUAUUGCCUGCUGUACACCCGGAAAGCGUUAGAGUGAGGCUGAUAGCUAAAGAUAUUAUCGAUUCGUUGCAAAGAGGGUUGAGCCAUGAUCGGAUAGCGACCGAUUUGGAGUAUGGGUCGCCGGAGAGUUCGCUCGGCCAUGAGUUUGUACAUGAUACAGUGACGAGUUUGAGGAAAGGAGACGUGGGGAUGAACUGGUCCCGUGAAGAUGAGAUUAUCGAUGAUAAGUGGGUUCAGAAAAGUAGGAAGAAAAAUCAAGAGGGAGGAUCAUCACAGCCGACAACAUCUCAUUUAACAGGCUUGAAUUGGGAAGUUCUGGUUAUCAAAGAACCUGUUGUCAAUGCUAUGUGUUUGCCUGGUGGGAAGAUUGUGGUGUUCACAGGGUUGCUUGAGCAUUUUAGAAGUGAUCCCGAGAUAGCAACUAUAAUUGGACAUGAGGUUGGACAUGCGGUGGCUCGACAUAUAGCUGAAUCAAUUACGAAGAAUCUGUGGUUUUCCAUCCUACAAUUGAUUCUUUAUCAGUUCAUUAUGCCUGAUUUGGCCAGCACAAUGUCUGCACUCCUCUUGAGGCUCCCCUUCUCUCGGAGGAUGGAACUUGAAGCUGAUUACAUUGGACUGUUGUUGCUUGCAUCUGCUGGCUACGAUCCUCAAGUUGCUCCCAAAGUGUUUGAGAAGUUAGGAAAGGUUGCAGGGGAUUCAACAAUGCAAGAUUAUCUGUCCACGCAUCCUUCAGGAAGGAAAAGAGCUCAGUUGCUGGCUCAAGCUCAAGUAAUGGAAGAAGCACUCAUGAUUUAUCGGGAGGUUCGUGCAGGCCGUGGGGUUGAGGGCUUUCUUUAGGAUUACCAUGAAACUACUCCCUGUCUGCACUUGGAAGCCGAGCAGUCAGCCAGUGAAGUUUACAAAUUUAUGAUCAUCAAUUGAAUUAGAUAGAUAUUUGUGCAUUUGAAAUGUAACC